UAGAUUUAGAACUCCGACCUUCCGAUUGUGGAGAUUUGAAGACGGCAGUGCAUAAAAGUGGAGUCUAUAAGAUCUACCCUGAUAGAACUCCUGGUUUUCAUGUUUUUUGUGAUAUGAAGAGCUACGAAGGUGGUUGGACGGUGAUUCAAAAUAGGACCAAUGAUUAUAUUGGUUUCUACAGAGAUUGGGAGGCUUACAAGGAAGGAUUUGGAGAUUUGAAAACUGAUUUCUGGUUAGGUAAUGAACAUUUAAACAAAUUGACUGAACAAGGAUAUUACAUACUGCGGAUAGACCUGUGGGAUUUUGAAGAAAACCACAAAUAUGCUACCUACGACACAUUUGUUGUUAGAAACGAGAAGUCAGGGUACACACUGGAGGUAGCUGGUUAUAAUGGAAAUGCUGGAAAUGCAUUAUCGAUUCAUAAUGGAAAUGAAUUCUAUACGAGGGACAGAGAUUCAACUUCUAAUUGUGCUGUGACGUCUAAGGGGGGUUGGUGGUAUUCUAAUUGUCACCACGCCAAUCUUAAUGGAAGAUAUCUAAAAGGAACACAUAAAACUAUUGCUGAUGGUAUUAAUUGGCUUCAGUGGAAAGGAUACUACUACUCACUAAAGGCAACACGCAUGAUGAUACGGAGAACAUAAAUAAAGUUUGUUUUAUGAACAAAAAGUAAUUAAUUGAAAUAGCAGCCAAUCAUAUACUCUUCAGAAGUUACUUCUGUUUGAAAAUACAAGCAACAAGAUGGGUAUAUGCAUUCCCGUUUUAUUAUCGAAAACACUUCCAAUGCUGUAGUUGUAAUAUAUUUGAUUUUUGUCAAAAAUGAACUCAUUAUGGUUUGAACUGCGAGUAGUAUUAUAAAUGUCGCAUGGAUAUUCUUUUCAGGCCUGGGGUGAAUUACAUUGCAAUAAUGCAUUAAAUUACAAUUACAAUUACA